AUGCCUCCCACCUCAGAGUGGUGGCAGUGGAUAAAGGCUUCAGGAGAUCAGUUUUUACCCCAAAAACAUAACAUCAAGGAUGAGAACUAUUUUAAAAAUCUAUUACAUUAUUCCAGCCGAGGAAGAUGCGUUACUGAGCAAAACGAGAGUGAUGUGGCACUCACGGCCAAGAUCUAUAGAGUUAACCGACGGAGAAGCGUCAGCUCUGGCUUCCUCAGAAAACCAGGUGCCCUGGCCGUGUUGCGGGCUGGGGAGUGCCUGCAGCCGGCGCGUCCCCACCCCCGCGCCCCGCGCCUGCCUGCACAGCGUGACUGGCGGCCGCUGCAGCGGGCUCGGGAGGCGCGGGCCGAGCGCGCAGAGCCGGGAGGCGUCGGCUGGUGGCGUCGGCCGCGUGGUCCUCCUCCGCGCCCCUCCCCUGGCGCUCCCUUGCGCCCGGGAAGCCGCGGCUGCUCGCUGCAGGCGGGGGAACCGGCGCGGGCGCGGGGGCGACAGGAGAGCGGACCGCACAGCUGCCCGGGAGUCGCCGAGUGGACCCUGGCCUGCGCUCAUUCAAGUGAGGGCUGCGCCCUGCCAGCCCCAGCCUCGGGAGCUUCCCUGCCUGCGCCCCACGGCACGCGCGGUACAGCCAUGAACACCAACGACGCCAAGGAGUACCUGGCCCGCAGGGACAUCCCUCAGCUUUUCGAGAGCCUUUUGAAUGGCUUGAUGUGUUCCAAGCCAGAAGACCCCGUGGAGUACUUGGAGAGUUGUUUACAGAAAGUCAAGGAGCUCGGAGGCUGUGACAAGGUCAAGUGGGAUACAUUCGUCAGCCAGGAAAAGAAGACGCUACCACCACUAAAUGGAGGACAAUCACGGAGAUCCUUCCUCCGAAAUGUAAUGCCUGAAAACUCAAACUUUCCGUAUCGACGGUAUGACCGGCUUCCUCCAAUCCACCAGUUCUCCAUAGAAAGUGACACGGACCUGUCUGAGACCGCAGAGCUGAUCGAAGAGUAUGAGACUUUUGACCCAGCUAGACCUCGGCCCAAGAUCAUCCUUGUCAUAGGUGGUCCAGGAAGCGGAAAGGGUACCCAGAGUUUGAAAAUUGCAGAGCGGUAUGGAUUCCAGUACAUUUCAGUGGGCGAACUAUUGAGGAAGAAAAUCCACAGUGCCAGCAGCAACCGAAAAUGGAGCCUGAUCGCCAAGAUAAUCACCAACGGGGAGCUGGCCCCACAGGAAACAACAAUUACUGAGAUAAAGCAAAAGUUGAUGCAAAUACCUGACGAAGAAGGCAUUGUUAUUGAUGGGUUCCCAAGAGACGUUGCCCAGGCUCUGUCGUUUGAAGACCAGAUCUGCACCCCUGACCUGGUGGUGUUCCUGGCUUGUGCCAACCAGAGGCUCAAGGAGAGAUUACAGAAGCGUGCAGAGCAACAGGGGCGACCUGAUGACAAUCUGAAAGCCACCCAAAGGAGACUAGUAAACUUCAAGCAGAAUGCUGCCCCACUGGUGAAAUACUUCCAGGAGAAAGGACUCAUCGUGACUGUAAGUUGGCCUCACUGGGCAUAACUGCACAAGAGUGAC